UUUCACAAUGUUUACCGGCUUAGUGGAGAUCAUAGGCACUGUGUCCUCGCUCGAGAGUCUUGAUUCAUCUUCGAGCGGAGGUGGCGGUACCUCUCUGACCAUCUCAGAUGCCCAAGACAUCCUCGGAGAUGCAAACCUGGGAGAUAGUAUAAGUGUUAAUGGAACAUGUUUGACCGUCACGCAAUUCGACAAGUCCUCCUUCAAAGUCGGCGUCGCCCCUGAAACCCUUCGUCGAACCAACUUGGGUUCCCUCAAGGAAGGUUCAAACGUGAACCUCGAACGCGCUGUAUCUGCUUCGACACGGAUGGGGGGUCACUUCGUACAGGGUCAUGUGGAUACUAUCGCAUCUGUUGUCUCCGUCACACCCGACGGUAAUGCGUUGACGUUUCGCUUCAAGCCGCGAGACCCUGCAGUCCUUCGCUAUAUCGUAGAAAAAGGAUACGUCACCAUUGAUGGGGCAAGCCUAACAGUCACCAAAGUCGAAGACGGCCCCGAGGGUUGGUGGGAGGUGAUGCUGAUUGCCUACACACAAGAGAAGGUGGUGACUGCAGCAAAGAAGCCUGGUGACGACGUGAACGUGGAGGUUGACCAGGUCGGCAAAUACGUCGAGAAGAGUGUAGCGGGUUAUUUCGAAGGCACCACGCAUGGGGAGUUCGCCAUCCUGGAGAAGAUGGUGGCUAAAUUGGUGGACGAGAGGCUCAAGGCCCUGGGAAAAUAAUCGAUGCAAGACUUACGGUUUCCUGCCGGGGUUCACCUUUGCUACCUUUCUACCAAGGUCACGCCGGGCAAAGAAGACGUUGAAUCACACCAUGGAACAAUAAAACUGAAAACUCGGGCCAUAUAUUCCGACUAGUGUGGAGUUGUGUGGCUAUCGCGAAAGUUGCACGACGGAAGACGUAUGUUGUAGUCACAGACCUCAGAGCGGUUUCUACUGGUACAUGGGCCGUCGUUGCCUAGGCCGUGUGAUGAUAAGGGUGGUUGAACGGGACGAACGGUGGCGUUUCAAAUGAGGCGCAGCCUUGUUGUUUGCCAUAUUAAUAUAGAGUGUCUCUACCUGCUCUUUUUCUUUUCCCAAGUGUUUGACAUGCAUUUCCUGGUCGUCGCUUUUCAAAGUCAAACGGCUCCCUUCCAGUAUGGCUUUUGAUGGAUUCCACUCUUGCAUAUGGUUGCCUGACGGGUGCAUAUAAAGCGCAUAACGGGCUCCCAAAUCCGCCCAACCAUGAAC